AUGAGUCAGUCUGAGCGCAAAAUGGCUACAGCUUGUUACAAUAUGUUUCAGUUAGAAACAACAUCGAUUAUGGCCGUUGUCGUCGAGACGACAAUGACAGAAAUUAGCCGAUUUCUGCCCUCAGUUCCAAACUCUUACCCGAACGUUAGUAAUCCGGAGAGAGAGGUGAGUAGCUGACAGCUGUAGGAUACAGCGCAAAUUGUACUACAGCAAAGACUAUGGAUCUCUGACUACAAUCAUUGGUACAUGGCGGACAGCGUUGAAAAAGCUACGUAACGUCUAACUUUAGCUAACUAGCUAAUGUUAUACCACAGAACAAUGAUUAAAAAAAUAUGUGCUUAUACGUUACGUUGUCUGGUAGCAGAGAGGAAGAGGUAAAGGGAUGCCUAACUCGGCGGAAAGUCAGUCUCCCUCCGGCAUGUGGCGUUUUUUCGCCAACCAAGCAAGCAAGGAGUUUUUGUGUGAGGUCAAGGAGUGUCGAAUUUGGUCAUCAAAAAAGUGAAUGGCUUAUUUGCUAUGUGAGAUUUAUUUGAUUAGAAAUGCCGUAAUGUUCAUAGGUUGUUACGAGUGUACUGAUAUAAGUAGGACACGUGACAGACCCGCAACUUUGAGAUAAAAAACGUUAUUAGAGUUGUCUCCAGAUGGCUAUACAUAUUUAUAGCAUGAGGCCUAGUAGCAUAGCAUCUCUCUCCAUUGAAUACAGGCGGUUGACGUUAACCCUCAACGAAUAUUGAAAAAAGUAUCGCUUUGUGGGCAACGACUCUCGUUGUUUGGGCGGAGAGACAAGUAUCUUGUCAGUAUAACGUUACCCAUUAUCAUUUUUAAAUUGUAUCUUUAUUUAACUAGGCAAGUGAGUUAAGAACAAAUUCUUAUUUACAAUGACGGCCUACACCGGCCAAAUCCGGACGACGCUCGGCCAAUUGUGCGCCGCCCUAUGGGACUCCCAAUCACAGCCGGUUGUGAUACAGCCUGGAAUCGAACCAGGGGGUCUGUAGUGACGCCUCAUGCACUGAAAUGCAGUGCCUUAGACCGCUGCGCCACUCGGGAGCCCGAGUAGUUUAUCCACUAUGAUAAUCUUUGGUGUAACUAUGGCAAGUUAGCUAACUAGCUCUACUUAUAGAGAGCAACAACAAAGACCAUACAGUAUGAAGAUGGACAGAAACUGCUUCUCCAAUAGAAAUCCCCGAUCGUGCUUGUAAGCGAUGUCAAUGUGACUUUGGCUAGCAAUGCCGCGUUCAAAAUAACUGGGAACUCGGAAAUAUCAGACUUUAGACUUCAAUUUGGAAUUCCAACUCAGGAACUCGUUCCUCUUUCUAGAGCUCAGACUUUCCGACCUGAAGAUCACUGACAUCAUGAUUUGACCUUGUAUUUUUCAUCAAAGUUCCCAUGCUGUGUUCAAAACAACUGGGAACUGGGAUCUCGGAAAUCUCAGACUUUCGACUUCAGUGUGUUCAAAACAACUGGGAACUGGGGAAAAAACAAGCUCUGACUCUGAAAAAUUGACCAGUUCCAGCUAUCUUGAAAGCACCACCAGUUGGCUUGAAAGCACCAUUAAGCUCAUGAGCAGAAACACGUCAUCGGGUCUGAUGGUCAUCCCACGCCUAACUGCUCAUGUGCAGGCUGUCAAAUCAAAGGCACUCCUUCAAUAUAAAGUUGUUUUGGACGAAAACGUGUCGGUUUGUAACUUUCAGGAGGUCUGAGUAAUAACAUGUUCUACUACUUAAAGGAACAUUUCACUCAAACUUUUUUGGUAUUUAUUUUCAUUAGUCCACUGUUGAUAGAGUUCCUAAAUGUUUUGCAUGUCAGCGGUCAAGUUAUCAAGGUAUUGGACUUUUAAGAAGCAGUGUCACCGGAUUGUGCCUUUUUAGAUUUUGAGAAAAUGAACAACUAAGGAAGAAUUUUUCACUUCUCUCAUUGACCACAUUUACAUAUACACCAAUAUCCCGUUAUUAUUCGGGGAUACUCAAGUAUUCUGUUUUUAAGUUGACACAUGUAAACAUCAUAUCACGUUUACAAUAACCCGAAAAAGCUUGUAUCCCGGUUAUGAGAAACCUGGGUAAGAUGCCUGGUAUAUGCUGAUCUUAGACAUGAUACUGUGGCAUGUAAACAUCUUAUCACGUUUCGCAUAUCAUGCAUGGGUGUUGUGUGAUGUUUUCAAACAAAUCGCUUCAAAAAGUAGGCUACCUGUGCAGUUCGAUCUACAUCAUUUCAUAAUUUAUUUUGCUGAUACUCUGUACUGGACCAUAUAGCCUACUGGCUACUUUCACCCCCAAUUUAGACAACUUUCUGCUUAUUUCCGACAUUUGGUAGGCUAUUUGUUUGUCAACUAUAGUUUGAUACAUGCAGCUUCUCUUCUGUCAUAACUUGUUGCCCCAGAAGACUAAAGUAUUGCUCCCUAGAAAUGUAGUUAACACUGGUAAAGUUGGAGGUUUUGUUUAGGGACCGGAGAGAGAACGCAUUAACUCAAACAGUGGAAAGGUUGGUCCUGUGCAAAAUGUCCAAAUGUCAUCAGUUUGACUGGUUUUAAGGAAAUGAAAAGCUGGGAAAACGAUGAAACACGUUUCUGAUAAGACUUAAGUUUGUCUUGGGUGCAUAUUUUAUGUGGUUGAAAUACUGUCUGCAUAAGUGUCAAAUAUAACAUAUUACACGCGCAUUCGCAUUUUCUCAAGAGAUGCCGAAAUAAAUAAAUCAUAUUUCUCCACUUCUGUUCCCGAGAAAAAAUAAACAUUUGUUGUAUAAUUUUACUGCAAGAAAUGCAUAAUUCUGCAGAAGUUAAUAUUAUAUUAUGCUACAUGAGGUUAUAGGCCUACAGUCAGUGUCCAUAUUUCAAUUACUAUUCAAUUGAACCCAUAUUAACUUAAAUGAGGAAUAUUCUGUUUAUUCAAUAGUAAUGUCAGAGUUUCUAAACCCAGAGGCGCAACAUCGCGAGACUUCCGGGAACACUUGCGAAACAGAUUAAGCAGACUGGUUUGGGGUUUGAGAAGUCAAUGAGAGAAGUGAAAACUUCUUCCAAAUCUAAAGGCACAACCUAGAUUUGAGCCAUUGUCUUAAGUAGUUGAACAUGUUAUUACACCAACCUCGUGAAAGUGACAAACUGACAUGUUUUAAUUUUAGUCAAAAACAGCUUUAUAUAUCGAAGGAGUGCUUUUGAUUUGACGGCCUGCACGUGAGCAGUAUUGCGCGAGACGACCGUUAGAUCCAAUGACGUGUUUCUGCGCAUGUGCUUAACUAGCCAACGUCACCAUGACAUCGCCUACAAGCGUGAUCGGGAUUUCUAUUGGAGAAGCAGUUUCUGCCUAUCUUCAUGCUGUACUGUCUUUGGUAAUGUCAUCUUUUUGUAGGCAUAAACACCGCCAUGGGUUCGUUAGUCAAAGCCUAUGGGGAAAUGAAUGGAGUUUUUUGUAGGGUUUUUGGAUAAACGGCAGAAGUUAGGUCUGUGGUAAACACAGGCUUAGGAGAUCGUAUAAGUUUUGUUCUAUGAGAUAAUCUUAAUCAGCUAACUUUACUUUUUGUGAAUUUUGAAGUGUUUGUCAUCAGAAAAAGCACAAAGGCUUCAUAGUUCAUAAAGGCCAGGUUAACUGACUAAUAUUAUAUCAUAGAACAAAACCUAUAAGAUCCCCUAAGCCUGUGUUAACCUCAGACCUUUUGUUCUGUGUUUAUUUCAAAACCCUAUUCUUUCCCCAUAGGAAUGGCUGAACAAACCAGAGGUAACUUAUUUCCAUUUUCUAUGACUACAAGCUGGCGAGCUCUAUUGCUAGCCCAUCUAGUUAGCUAACUUACUGGUUUCAUAUCCUCAUUUCAGCGUAGCUGGCUGCACAGCUAGCUACUUAGGUAACCUUUUUUUCAAUUUCUCUUCACAGCUUUGCACAAUUAUGAAUCUGGUGACAGGGGAGGCUAUUCGUAAAAUUUGCCAACUAUUCCUAGUGUCCUCCUCAAGUUUACAAAAUGAAAACGAGAAACUGAAAACCAAGGUGGAGCAGAUGGAGGAAGAUAUGAAGACCAAGGUGGAGCAGAUAAAUGAAGAUAUGAAGACCAAGGUGGAGCAGAUGAAUGAAGAUAUGAAGGCAAUGACUGAGAAGGCUGAACAUUAUAGAACGUCACUGGCUAAAAUGAAGGCUCAAGCAGAACCGAAAGGACCCACGCAUAUUCUGCUCAAUGGAAUGAUUUUUGCAAUACCACCAGUUGGUGAGUGUUAUAGACCUAGCUAGCUACUUAGCUAGCCUACAUUCAUUACUGCCUAUGCUUUAUCUAUAGCUAGCAAGUUAGCUAUUAGUCCUUGGCCUGUUGAUGUUCUUUUGUAUCAAUUUAGGCCUACAUUACUUACAUCACACACCAUUUUGUGGAAAGAAAGUUAAAAUGCGAGUAUGCUUGUUAUGUUUUAGAUCUACCAAUGUUGCCUGGAAUGACAGCGGCUUCAACAUUGCCAGGGAAUGUCAGUCAAGCAAACCCGGUCACUAACGCAAUGUCGGUCUCUGCAGGUAAUCCUUAAAAUGAUUUUAUUUUGAAUAAUGGUUACCAAACCAGGGUCUUAUUCACUAGGAACCAAAAGGAAGCAAAUGGGCCAAAAUGGAAAGAGCAUAUGCGGCGAGUGAGUUUCUAGUUUGGGGACGCUAUUUUUGUAUUUAUCAUCACAUUUGCAGACUAAUGUAAAAUAGCCUAAUAUUCAAAAUGUGGUUGGAUAGUCAUAAAUUAGGAAUAUAAUAACUCACUGUUCACAAAAAAUAGCAUUCUGAACAAUGCUUUUCUAUCUUUGCACACAUUCGGAGCUCAGCCCCAGCUAAAGGAACAUUUCCUAGGAGGAUCUGGGAAAAAUAUGGCCUUUUAUAAACACAUUUCAUGCGAUUAUGACAGGGUACCCUACUCUGCUGACACUAAAAAACUGAUAUCAAUAAAAACGACCUCAUCCUGAAUGCAAUCAUCUAAUCUAGGCCUACGAAAAGGGGAUUGACAUCCAUCUAGCCUGGAGGAGGAAAUUAUACUGUCCUAAAAAUAACUUUCCAGUUGCACGGACUCACCCAAUGAUAAAGACAGUGAGUAUGCACACUCACCGGGUAAAUGGGCGAUGCUCUCCACUAGCAAUAGGCUAUAGGCCUACUGUUCACUCAAUUUGAGAGUUACAUUUGAGUUUUUUCUGUCUUUUGUGUUUUCCCCAUGAUUGUAUUUUGGAAAAUUGUGAUACGCCUAGGACUAUUAUGUUCUCAGUCACAUGUAUUUAUUUUCCAAGCUAUAGCACACAUUUUACAUACAGCAGCUUCUUAAAGGACCAAAGAGUUUGGUCUGCUUCGUGCUUUCAUUUUUGUCACAACCCUACUUCCCAACUGUAGGCUAUUCGCUUCAGAUUUAAAACAAACCAGAGCAAUUGUAUUUUUGUAAAAUAUUUUUUAUUUUAAUUGAAUUUUGAAUGAAAUUUAGAUGAUGUAGUAUAUAUUAAUAUUAUUUUUUGUUAAUUUUUUAUUUUACCCCCUUCUCCCCAAUUUCGUGAUAUCCAAUUGCGAUCCAAUUACGAUCUUGUCUCAUUGCUGCAACUCCCCAACGGGCUCGGUAGAGACGAAGGUCGAGUCAUGCGUCCUCCGAAACAUGACCCGCCAAAUCGCGCUUCUUAACACCUGCCUGCUUAACCCGGAAGCCAGCCGCACCAAUGUGUCGGAGGAAACACCGGUCAAAGUAUGUUGAUUUUAAUGCUCAUGUAAACAAAUAUUUAGAUUUCCAUAUAUUGGUAGAGUUAUUUGAUUAACGAAAUUUGACUAGCGUCCUGUCCAGCUAGUGUAUUUGUAUAUCAAGAUGCCUCAUGCUACAUAGAAAUUAGCUCUAUAGUAGGGCAAGGCAAUAUAUCGAAUUCAUUCUAUUAUUUCAAAUGCGUGUGUUAGUGCGACGUUCCAAAUGCCUGUAUCGCAAGAAUCUAGGUUUGAAUUUAUUUCCCAUUUUUAUGAGCAUUUGUCUUCUUGGUCUCCUUCGCUCAUCCUGUGCUGUGUGCACUUUGAUAAAAUAAUGACAUUAUUAGUGUGUCUUAUGGUUGUGGAAGGAUUUUUAGCCUAGGUAUAACUUCAGAAGUCCUGAAGUCAUUAGAUUAUUGCUGACUGUUUGAAAUGCAGUCUAUUUUACCUUUUAAUUGUACAACAAAGCUUAUUUAGAGGACUUUUUAAAAUCUCUCUCUCUAUAUAUAUAUACAUACAUACAUACAUACACACACACACACACACACACACACACACACACACACACAGUGAGGGGAAAAAAGUAUUUGAUCCCCUGCUGAUUUUGUACGUUUGCCCACUGACAAAGAAAUGAUCAGUCUAUAAUUUUUAUGGUAGGUUUAUUUGAACAGUGAGAGACAGAAUAACAACAAAACAAUCCAGAAAAACGCAUGUCAAAAAUGUUAUACAUUAAUUUGGAUUUUAAUGAGGGAAAUAAGUAUUUGACCCCCUCUCAAUCAGAAAGAUUUCUGGCUCCCAGGUGUCUUUUAUACAGGUAACAAGCUGAGAUUAGGAGCACUCCCUUUAAGAGUGUGCUCCUAAUCUCAGCUCGUUACCUGUAUAAAAGACACCUGUCCACAGAAGCAAUCAGUCAAUCAGAUUCCAAACUCUCCACCAUGGCCAAGACCAAAGAGCUCUCCAAGGAUGUCAGGGACAAGAUUGUAGACCUACACAAGGCUGGAAUGGGCUACAAGACCAUCGCCAAGCAGCUUGGUGAGAACAGUUGGUGCGAUUAUUCGCAAAUGGAAGAAACACAAAAUAACUGUCAAUCUCCCUCGGCCUGGGGCUCCAUGCAAGAUCUCACCUCGUGGAGUUGCAAUGAUCAUGAGAACGGUGAGGAAUCAGCCCAGAACUACACGGGAGGAUCUUGUCAAUGAUCUCAAGGCAGCAGGGACCAUAGUCACCAAGAAAACAAUUGGAAACACACUACGCUGUGAAGGACUGAAGUCCUGCAGCGCCCGCAAGGUCCCCCUACUCAAGAAAGCACAUAUACAGGCCCGUCUGAAGUUUGCCAAUGAACAUCUGAAUGAUUCAGAGGAGAACUGGGUGAAAGUGGUCAGAUGAGACCAAAAUGGAGCUCUUUGGCAUCAACUCAACUCGCCGUGUUUGGAGGAGGAGGAAUGCUGCCUAUGACCCCAAGAACACCAUCCCCACCGUCAAACAUGGAGGUGGAAACAUUAUGCUUUGGGGGUGUUUUUCUGCUAAGGGGACAGGACAACUUCACCGCAUCAAAGGGAGGAUGGACGGGGCCAUGUACCAUCAAAUCUUGGGUGAGAACCUCCUUCCCUCAGCCAGGGCAUUGAAAAUGGGUCGUGGAUGGGUAUUCCAGCAUGACAAUGACCCAAAACACACGGCCAAGGCAACAAAGGAGUGGCUCAAGAAGAAGCACAUUAAGGUCCUGGAGUGGCCUAGCCAGUCUCCAGACCUUAAUCCCAUAGAAAAUAUGUGGAGGGAGCUGAAGGUUCGAGUUGCCAAACGUCAGCCUCAAAACCUUAAUGACUUGGUGAAGAUCUGCAAAGAGGAGUGGGACAAAAUCCCUCCUGAGAUGUGUGCAAACCUGGUGGCCAACUACAAGAAACGUCUGACCUCUGUGAUUGCCAACAAGGAUUUUGCCACCAAGUACUAAGUCAUGUUUUGCAGAGGGGUCAAAUACUUAUUUCCCUCAUUUAAAAUACAAAUCAAUUUAUAACAUUUUUGACAUGCGUUUUUCUGGAUUUCUUUGUUGUUAUUCUGUCUCUCACUGUUCAAAUAAACCUACCAUUAAAAUUAUAGACUGAUCAUGUCUUUGUCAGUGGGCAAACGUACAAAAUCAACAGGGGAUCAAAUAUUUUUUCCCUCACUGUAUAUAUAUAUCUAUAGUGAAUCGCCCAUAAAUUUGAAAAAAUAGAGAUGUGAUUUUUAGGCCAUAUCGCCCAGCUCGACUCCAUAGGCUCUGGACUUAUGGGCCGUGGUGGCACAGACAAGGCUACUUACUUUCAAUAAAUGAAAUUAGUUUUGUAUAAUCCUCACAUUUGAAAAACCUGUUUUAAUUUAUAGUUUUAUAAUGUGUAUAUGCUCAUAUUCCUUAUCUUUAGGUCCUGCAAAGGUUUGCAGUAAGCCCACAGAGAUGUCUUCAUUGGAGUGUGACUCCUCUCUGGGAGACACAGAUGGACUGAAUACAGACCCCUCCCCAAGAGACACUGAAUCCAACGUUGAGCAUAUGAGAGCUGCUCUGCCAGAGGGCAACGAGAGAGACUGCCAGGAAAGCCAGAUAAACAGCCAUACUACUAAAGGGAUACGAUUCAAAGAAUCCAAAUGCUUCAAGUGUGAUGUUUGUGAGAAGACCUUCAGCCGGAACAACCUGCUGGUACAACACAAGCUAACUCACACAAGACCCUUCAAGUGUGAUGUUUGUGAAAAGACAUUCAGCAGGAAGGGGUCACUGGAAGCUCACAAGCUAAGUAACACAAUACCCUUCAAGUGUGACGUUUGUGAGAAGAACUUCUGUCUGAACCGCAUGCUGGUACGUCAUAUGCUAAUUCACACAGGAGAGAGGCCAUUCGCUUGUGGUCAAUGUGGCAAAACAUUCAGAAUGUCUAAGCAGCUUGAACAUCACAUGUUGCGUCACAGAGAAAAAACAUUCAGUUGCAAAGUCUGUGGAAAUGCAUUGUCUACCAAGAAAGAUCUGAAACGACAUCAGCUUGUUCAUGCAGUGGAGAGACCGUUCAAGUGCCUGACUUGUGAAAAGGGUUUCACAUCAAGGGCUCUGCUUAUCGAGCACGAGAGAAUCCACACCGGUGAAAAACCAUACAGCUGUGCUGUAUGUGGGAAGAGUUACAGACAGCAUGGUGGCCUAAAUAUUCAUAUGCGAAGACAUACAGGUGUACGUCCACACUCAUGUUCUGAGUGUGGUAAGAGCUUUGUGACAAGCAGCAGCCUCAAAAACCACAUGGUUGUUCACACAGGGGAGAAGGCAUUUACAUGUGAGACAUGUGGAGCUGCUUUCGGCCAUAAAGGAAACCUUGUGAGACACCAAGUGCUUCACACAGGAGAGAGACCGUACAAAUGUAUAGUGUGUGGAAAAAGCUACCUUCAGUCCACCGACCUAAAAGCUCACAUGCACCGUCAUGGGGCAACCAAACCAUUUAUGUGUGACCUAUGUGGGAAGACUUUUAUGUACAAUUUUCAAAUGAGACGACACCAUCUCAAAUGGCACACAGCUGAAGGAGAGAAGCAGAGAGAACGAAAGAGAAAAGAGCGAACGAGAACUGCCAAGAGACCAGGAACCUCAACAAAGCCAUUCAGUUGUGACAUAUGUUUGA